UGGGUGAUAAGGAAGGAACUACUAAGAUUCCCCCUGGUGGGGUUUUGGGGGUUAACAUAAGCUUUCUUACUUUAUUGGGGUUUCUUUUGUUGCAGAUGGAUUUCUAUAUUUGUCCUUUCUCGGUGCUUUUGAAGCCAGCAUUCUUCAUGGAACUUGUUCUUACCAAAUGGGUAUGCACAUUUCUACUCUGCUCUUGGCUCAUCUUCUCCGGAGUAUACUCAGUGGAGGGAUUGCAUGGGGACUCCAAAGUGAGAGGAGUGAACUUGGGUGGGUGGUUGGUUGUGGAAGGUUGGAUUAAGCCUUCACUUUUUGAUGGCAUUCCCAAUGGAGACAUGCUGGAUGGAACACAGGUACAACUGAAGUCCGUGACCUUGGAGAAGUAUGUCUCUGCAGAGAAUGGGGGAGGGAUGAACGUCUCGGUUAGUAGAGAUGUUGCAUCUUCAUGGGAAACCUUUACGUUAUGGAGAGUUUCUGAAUCAGAAUUUCAAUUCCGCACCUUGCAAGGCCAGUUUCUAACAUGUGAUGGCGAAGGUUGCUCUUUUUCUGCAACUGCAGAAUCACCUUCAACAUUAGAAACCUUUCACAUUGAAAAAUAUAACAAUGGCAGAGUUCACAUCAAAACAAUGAGUGGUACAUAUUUGCAGGCUACAGUGGAAAAUCAGCUCAUCGCAGACUAUCCAGGGAAGCCAGGAUGGGAUGAUAAUGCAGCCACAUUUGAAAUGGCCAUUGUUUCUAAUAAUUUGCAUGGAGAUUACCAGCUGGCAAAUGGAUAUGCACACAAUAAGGCCAAAGAGGUUCUUAAGAGACAUAGAAACAGUUUCAUCACUAUAGGAGAUUUCAAUUUUCUGUAUAAACAUGGAAUAAACACUGUGAGGAUUCCUGUUGGCUGGUGGAUUGCUUAUGAUCCUGAUCCUCCCGCACCAUUUAUUGGUGGAACUUUGGAAGCUCUAGAUAAUGCAUUCUCAUGGGCACAAGCCUAUAAUAUUAAGUGCAUAAUUGACCUUCACGCGGCUCCUGGCUCCCAGAACGGGAUGGAACAUAGUGCUAGUAGAGAUGGUUCAACAGACUGGCCUAAUCCAGAUUACAUUUCACAAACACUGCACGUUAUAGAUUUUCUAGCUUCCAGGUAUGUUCUUGAUGUGUUUUUGAAUUGCUACACUCUGACAGCAGUUAGUAUGAAAAUUCUAAACUCACAGAAAUUGUUGUGA